CCGCGCUCUUUCUCCUCCCCCUCUUCCCCCCCCCCUGCCAACACUCCGCCGUGUAUUUUUUUCCACAUACACAACCAACAGUGCACAACAGACUUUCAGGAACGGACAACAAGGGAAUCAGCAUUCACCAAUCAUGUCCAUGUUCUUCGGUGUUUCUGCACGUACCCUGAUGAACAUGUGUCUUCAUCAGACACCGUCAGCCCUGUGCUAAAUAUUCACCUCGGGAGUGUUACCUCGGGAGUGGAUUUCGAUUUGAGGCUGUGAAAAUUUACACAAAUGAUCCACGUUAUUUGGGUUAUGGAGAGUAUUCAGUGAGUGCACGUAAAAUAUCUGUGGAAAAAGAGAGAGAAAGAGAGAGAGAGAGAGAGUGAGGGAGGGAGUGGGAACGUGAGUGAGUGUGAGAGAAACAAGGGGCAGAGAAAAAUAAAGAACCAAUUGGAAAAAUAAAGAGCCAAAAAAUACCGAGGGCAGACCUACAGUAUGCUCAGAAUUUUUAAUAUCGAAUUAUUAUGGCUGGGGGUGAGGCUGCCGGGACAAAGCCUCGUCAGGAGAAACAGUACGAUUAUCUUUUGAAAUUUUUACUCGUCGGGGAUAGCGACGUUGGCAAACAGGAGAUACUCAGUGGCCUCGAGGACGGCGCAUCCGAGUCACCUUUCUGCAGUGGCAGUGCUUACAAAACAACAACUAUCCUGCUGGAUGGGAAGAGAGUCAAGUUACAGCUGUGGGACACAUCGGGUCAGGGGAGAUUCUGUACGAUCAUCAGGUCGUACUCCAGGGGGGCACAGGGAAUACUUCUUGUUUAUGAUAUCACGAACAAGUGGUCAUUCGAUGGAAUCGACAGGUGGCUCAAGGAAGUUGAAGAGCACGCGCCAGGUGUUCCAAAGGUACUAGUUGGUAAUCGCCUGCACUUGGCAUUCAAGCGACAAGUUGGCGUUAGGGAUGCUGAGGCAUACGCAGCAAAAAAUCGUAUGGCAUUCUUCGAAGUAUCACCAUUAUGUGAUUUCAAUAUAAGAGAAAGUUUUUCGGAACUCUCGAGAAUGGCACUGCACCGAAAUGGCAUGGAGCGUUUAUGGAGAUCUAAUAAAGUCCUCAGUCUCCAAGAGCUCGCCUGUCGAGCGAUAGUGGCACGCACAACAGUGUAUGGAAUUGAUCAGCUACCCUUACCAACGUCAAUAAAAUCCCAUUUAAAAUCUUACGCAAUGACGACAACAACGCAGCUCCGCUACAACGGAAAUCGUUCACAAAAUUCAAGCAAAAGCCUUGGAUCUUAUCAUCGCAAGUUACGAUUCGUCGGAGCGGGUCACAAUGGACUGACGACACCGGGCAAUUCACCUGGCAGCAUAACAGACUCUCGUUCCAGUUGCGCUGGCCGUAAUUCUUGCACAAUAUCCUGAGGGUAUAGGAAACAACAGAAUCUUGUAUCGUUCGACAUUCACCGCUGGAGCAACUUGUUCCUUCAUUCAUUGGGAUUCAUUUUAUUAAUUAACGGAGAUGGCAGGUAUUCUUGGGAGAAAUCAUUCGUCGACUGUGGUUCGUAGAAAAAUGACAUUAUUUUUUUUUACCGCGUCUUUUCAACUGCGACAUAUCAACUGAUUUCAUUCAAAUUAUCGUUCUUUCAGUAAUUAGCCAGAAUUUUUCAAUUUUCAUUCAUUUUUUGGUUGAUUUUAAUAGACAACGUUAUCCAACGCAGUUUAACAACUUAUCUGACGCAUCACCAAUUAAUGCGAUGUAAAUACGAUUUUUUCGUUUAAUGAACAAUUGCAAAAAAUUAAUAAUUUCGUGACAAUUUAAUGUUGAUAAUUUAAUUUGAAUUAAAAAAUUUAAUUUUCAAUUAACUCAAUUUUUUUGUACUACAUUUCAAUUAUUUCGGCGCACAAUUCAGUAAAUAAUGCAGAAUAAAAAACAAUUGUUGCUCCAAUUAAUAACUUAAUACACACAUCAACGAAAAACAGGAAUUUGUAAAUACACAGAUUAUUUAUUUGCGCUGUAUUGAUUCAAGUUAUAAUAGUUGAAAUGUCGCCUAGUUGAAAAGACAUGGAUUUUUUUUUUAAUUCGCCUGGAAAUUUCUUUCAUUGCUCACAUUGAAAACAUGUCCCUAGUUGAAGACUCAUAAUAUUGUAUAUCCAAUAUACGUAAUCGUAAAAUGCGGAAUAACAGCGAGUACUUAGGCGAUUUAUCGUGGAAAAAUGAUCAGUUCUAGAGAAAAUCAGCCGGUGAAAAUUUGGUAAAUGAGUAUUCACGCGUGAAUCAUUUAUUUUCGUGAUCGAUUAUCCAAAAUGAUGGCACUGAGCCAUCCGUCCGAGGGUUAAUUGAGAGAAUUUCAUAAACAGUGGAAAAUAAACAACAGAACUACCAUCAUAUGAUUACAAAGAGUAAGGUUUAUUUAUAAGCAGAUUUUUUAUGUACAUAUAUUUAUAAUAAUAAUUAUUACUAUAUUUUAAAUGUUGAAGUUUGUAAUUUGUUGAUGGAUCAGACUCUAGAAGAAAUUAUGUACACGAUGGGUACACAGAAAAGAAUGGGAUGAGAAAAAAAUUGAGUGUAGGGUAUACCGCGUGAAUUUGUUUAACGACUAGUCCUUUUGAAAAUAAUUCGACGUAGUGUAAGAGGAAGAUGAAAAAUGAAAUCAGAUGACCAGUUAUGGAAUAUUUUUUACACUCAUGACUUUCUCAGGCUUUCAAUUUCGUAGCAAGUGUCAGAGACACCGUCCUUGGAUUUGUAAUUCACUAUCGCCAAUCCUCGUUUCUUGUUUUUACUCCCUGCAUAGACCAAAUAAUUCGAGUUACAUUUGUUCAUGUAUAUAAUUAGGUUUAGGCCCAGUUACAAUUGCCCCCUCGACGUUAUAUUGGAGUCCCCACUCGACUGCCUCCUGCACUGAGAAAAACAAUUUUUUUUGAGAAGUUACUUAUAUCGAGAAACUGGUGGCCUAAAAAUUUUCAAAAACAAAAUAUCUUCCAAAAAGCGAUUUCUGAUACUAAGUAAAAUUUAAUUAGUUCAUUUAACAAUUUUUUAGGCUCAAUUCUAAAGUAUUUCGAUGUGAAAACCACUUGAAUUGAUUUGAAAACUCAUCUUUCGGACAAACAGAAAAUUUCUUGGCGUCAGAUUUUUUUUCUUGACGUUUUAUAAAAACGUACUUCUCAAAAAACUCUUGUCCUCUCAGUGUGCUUUUAUUCGCUUAUCGAAUUUCAUGAUGAUUUGAGGAGAUGCAAGUGGUGAAUCAUCUGCAAUUAAAUGGGUUUUAUGAAAAUUGCAAUCAAAUAAUUUUAUUAUAAAACGCGCCCUCGUUGUUUUAUUCAGUACGCCGACAUGCGAGAGCCUCAAACUCGGGUAUUUUAUUUUACUGGACUUUAUCAGUAGCGAAACGGUAGAUCAGUUCAAGUCGGUUUUGACCAUUGGUUAUUUUUUGCUAAAUAUCUCGCAAUCUAAGCGAGAUAGCCAAAUUUUUGUUAUAACCUUUUUUGCAGGGAUAAUUAUGCGCUUCAAAAAAGGUUAUUACGAGAAUUUCGAUAUCGGCCUUAGAUUCGGAGAUAUCCUUCGAAAACUCGACGUCAACAAUUUGUCAUUUUGAGAAAGAAAGAAUAGAUUAAAAAAUCUUGUUAUCAAAUUUUUUUGAGGGCAUACUACAGAGCAGAAUGAGCUGAAUUUCUUUUCUUUCUUCUUUUCAAUGAUCCCAAUGAACCAAUUCUAUUACAGAGUCCUUCCCACUUGGAAAUUCUAAACGAUCAUUGUACAAUUCCUCCUUUUCCAUAAUCGUUUUCGUUAUACUGUUCAUUUCAAACAGCUCCAACAGGUGAGACAUGUCCAGUAUUUUCAUACUUCACUUUCACCUGUCACUUUCUACCCAGUACCAUUAACGGAGGUAGGGCCAACUCGUUUCGAAUAGCAGAUGAACCCGAUUGUACUACCCUCAAUUAUCCACAGCCGAUCAAUUGACCCUUUUUUUCCUCAAUCAUCGUGCCAUUACGCAAAAGUAAACCACAACUCCGUCUUUUGAAUGAGAGAAGAGAAAAAAACGAGAAUAAAUGAAAAAAAUAGUAAUAUUGGAGACGAUUUUUGCACCGACAAUAUAGUAUAUAUGAUGCAAAUUCGGAUCUUGACAAUUAUUUUUGAAAUAUUUACUGACGUGAAAAAAAUGAAAUAGAACUCGUUCACACUGUGUACGAUAGAAGCUAAUGUGUAGGCGGAAAAAAUAGGCCAAAAUAUGUGUCAAAAAGCGUUCAAUCUCUCUCGGCUAUUUGUUCCGGGCCAUUUUCCUGUGGUCUAUUUUUUCCUAGAU